UUAUUAAAUGUAACAAGUCUGUAUCAGCUUGCAGAUAAACUGUGUUGCAUUUAUCUGUGUCCUUAACUCGAAUGCACUCAUUCAAUCAUUUGAAAUUUGAAUAUAAAUGGGUAAUAGAAAACAUGAUAUCUUUUGCAAAAGUUGACAUACAGACUCUCAUAGUUUUAAAACAUACCUGGAUUGUUAUGAUGUAAAUUGUUGAAUAUUGGAUAAUGCCUAAUAGAUAGAAAAUUAGAUUGUUGUUUGUUGUGUAAUUGACCAAGGGUCAGAUAUUGAUAGUACAUGUGAACAUAAAUACAGACAGCAUUUCAUUUACUUUGAGUUCACGGGGGACUUUAAAUGACUCUUUAAUAGAUAAUAUUAUUUCGUCUGCCGAUAAUAUUAUUGCGUCUGCUUGCAUGUAGACUACUUUAACUUCGCUAUUGAUUUUGAGAACAUUGUUUCUUGACUUUACGAAUAAAAUCUGAACUAAUUGCAGCAUUGAAAAUAGAAGAUAAAAUAAGUUAGCUGUAAGAAAUUUUGAUGUUCUGUGCGCAGUCUUCUGAUAUAAGACUGCAUAUGAAGAGAUUUAAAUUGUAGGCAGUAGAUACUCAGUAUUGUAAAAAUGUACAGAAGCAGAGGAAAAGCAUUGAAUAAUGACAUUAAUCUGGAUAAUGCAUUUCGGGUUAAUAGAUUUUCUGAUAAUAAAUUUUCGGAUACCAACAUUCUGAGAUGGAUUGGGGAACUGAAAGAUAUACCAACAGCCAGGGAGUUCUUGCUAUGGAUGAGAGGAAAAUAUUCUCGAUCUGUUCCUAAAGAUAAUUUGUCUUUUGACGAUUUUGAUGCCAUGCAGCAAAAUUACCAGUGUUCUGACACACAUUCACAAAGAAAUCAGGAUUCUAGCAGAACAAAUUCGACAGGUUCGCACUUUCUUUUAUCAGACAAUAUGAGUAAUUAUCAAAACCAGAAUACAGUAUUUAACAAUGCGUACACCAAUCAGAAAGGUGAUAAUGCAUCCAGAUCGGCAAUUGCAUCAAAUUAUUUUAAUUUGAAGCGCAAUGAAGGACAGAAAUUUCGGCAGAUGUCAGCAGAUUCUCAGACUGAAGCCCAGUUGAGUCGUGAAAAUAAAAAGAUGCAGAAGAGAUUCAGAAGGAACACAAAAGAUUCAAAAACUAAAUUUAUCAAAGGAAAUGGAAAGAGAAAGCGUGUGCAAGAUAGUGAAGAAGUUAUUGAUUUAACUGUUGAGGAUACUGUUGAGAUGCCAUAUAACCUAUCUAAGAAUCCAGUAGAAGUCCAUGACAGUAUAAGUUCAAAUGUACAAGAGAAUUUGAUAUGUUUUGCACCUUACGAGGAAUAUGAGACAGAUUUUGAUUACGUUGAUGAGAACUCUAUUCUAGCAAUACAUCAUAGAAACUAUAGAAUCGUACUAGAAGCCAAACGAGUAAAAACAAGUCAUGUUGCAGCGAAGGGCAGUGAAUUUGUCAAGAACAAACAAGAUUUAUAUGGUCAGUUACAAGGUAAUAAUUCCAAGUUUACUGCAGAAAAGAGAAGUUUGAAUGAUUGCAAACAUGUUGGUAAAACUAAAACCAAGUCUGAUGACGCAGAGGGUGAAGAAGAAAUCGACUUUCAGUUUAGAAUUGAUCCAGAAUGGUAUUUGGAUGAUGAAUUUGAGCAAUAUGAAGCAAUUGAUUACUCAAUAAGAUCAAAGUCAGAAAGUGGUCCAGAAACUGAUAAUAGUGGCAAGCAAGUAUAUUCAAAUUUAAACUCUGAGAGAUUGUCUGGUUAUUCAUCUGAAAGGGUUCCUCCUAAUAUAGAGGAAAGAAGGGCAGACAAUUUUCUUAAUGGUUUAGAUGCUCCUGUGACAUUGAACAAAAGUUCAAAGGGGAGUUUCAAUACACAGAAGGGACUGGUUACUUACUCAUCAUGUAAUAAAACUAACUGUUCAGAGAGAGUGACACAUAAAAAUUCUGGUAAAAAAUGUACAUGCUCUGUCAAGAAUAAUACAGGUUUAGUUAACUCUGUAGAUAAACUUGGGCAUUUUUUCCCCGUGGCUCAAAGCAAAACAGUGUCUCUUGGUGAAAAGAAGACAGAAAAAGUUAACUGUUUCGGUACAAAUGAAUUAAAUAAAAAAGCUAGAAGUACAGAAUUGUUCCGAUUGCUUACAACAAGCAUUCAGUAUAACACUAUCGAAAGAAACAAUGUUAGAAAGACAGAUGACAUGGAGAAAGAUAAUACAUGCACAAGAAGAGAAAAGAAAACUUUAGAAGACGUUAUUGAUACAAUGAUCACUGAUAUAAUGGACAGUGAAGAAAGGACAUAUCCUGGAGCAAUAAUCAGUGUGAAGGAGGAGGGAAGAGGGAGUGUUCUGUCUCAAUUGCAAUCACCUACAACAGUUCAGUCGUUGCCUACCAGUCAGUCCGCUUCUAUGACCUUACCUCUUUCAAUAUCAGAUUUCCCAACCAGUGUGCUGAUAGCAGCUGCUAGUCAUGCCUUCAGUCCCAGCAAUAUCUCAGUGAAAGAAGUGUUCAAUACUGUAAGCAAACAAGUAACGUCUGCAUCGAGCACAGCUAGCGUGGUAAUGAGUCCAGUAAAGCAAGAUAUUACGUCAACACCCCCACCAUCAGUUUACAGUCCGGGAAAUUCGAGUCCUCCCUCUGCUAACUCACCUUCCCAGUCGUUAACAGCUUUUGAUGAUUCACUUAUGUCAUUGAGGUCUCCGGAAGCAAGUAGUUUCAAUGAUGAUGCUGGAUCAAAAAUACACCUGUCUGCUGAGAGAAAGCGUAGAAAUAACAUAAAGACGUCCGGCCAAGUGCAGAAGUCUGGUUUCGAUCUGCUGCAUUCACUUAUUCCGUCCUUAAGGCAGAACCCAAAUGCCAAGGUCAGCAAAGCUGCAAUGCUGCAAAAGACUGCUGAGUAUUGUAAGAAGCUGAAGUCAGAGCGAGUCCAGAUGCAGAAUGAAGCUGAUAUCCUCAAACAGGAAAUUAGCUCUUUGAAUCAAGCAAUAGGGGUGUGCCAGUCACAGCUGCCAGCUACAGGUGUGCCCGUUACUAGGCAACGUGCUGAUCAGAUGCGGGAAAUGUUUGAAGAAUAUGUGAAACAGAGGACGCUGACAAACUGGAAGUUCUGGAUUUUUUCUUUGAUAAUUCGUAACCUAUUUGAGUCAUACAAUACGAUGGUUUCCACUGCAAGUGUAGACGAGUUAUGUCGGACAGUACUGGCCUGGUUAGAUCAACACUGCUCUCUGCCUUCCCUUAGACCAAUUGUUUCUGAUGCUAUGCGGCAUUUGAGUACGACAACAAGCAUUCUGUCUGACCCAGCACGAGUCCCAGAACAGGCGGCACAAGCAGUUAUUAAAAGACAGAAGCAUCAAAGCGGUGACGGUGGCACGUGAGCAUUGAUAAGCACACACAGCCUACUUUGGCUUUGAAUCGGCAUUUAAUUGGACGAGGGGUCAAAAAGCAAUUGAAAUGCAUAAAUGCAUACAUACUAGAAGUGGUUGCCUUAUUGUGUGAUAAAGACGGUAUUAUAAAUACGGUAUUGAAAAUUGAUAUGCACUGCUGAGUAAGUUAUAGGGUACAUAGCAUUUGAGCUGCUCAUUGCAUCACAAAUUGCACGUGCAAGUGGUGAUUUUUGAAAUUGAAAAUUAUUGAUGAUAUAAGAGGCAUUAAAAAAGUGGGUUGUGAAAACUUGAGAUGAACGUGCAAAACUACAUGCGUAAACUUUGCGAUGAGAUGUUCUUGGUUUCGUUCUUACGAGUUUUUUAGGAUUUGUUGAAGGUGGCGGUAGUGAUGCAGAAAUAUUUUGGACAGGACAGAGAAGUGUUUUGUAAAGACGUAAAUUACUGUUAUAGGCUCAACAAAAAUAUAGGGCAAUUUCGAGGCAAAUAUUGCUUUGUUGUUAGAAAAAUUUGAUGAAAUUAUGAUUUGUUACAAUUAUGAAGUGUGAUUGACCACUUAAACAUAAUUGGAGGUCAGGGAAAGCUUUUGUUGUUGACAGUAUGUAAAUUUCUGUGAAUAUGCAAAUGUGUUGAGGCUGUGCUUGAAUCCAUUUUGUUAUAAAGCUGUACAGUAUCAUGACAUUUAUUAUGCUAUGACAUAAAAUAAUGCACGCACUAGAAGGAGUAAAUAAUAUUGUGCUUAUUUAAGUUGAUAGUUAAGUUUUGUUUUUUAUUUGCAUUUUUUUUUUCUUUUUCUUUAAUCAAAGAAAAGUUAAUGUGAUAUUUUCAUACAUAGACUGUCGUUUGAUGUGUGAUUCUGACAUUUGUUGAGCAUCCAUUCAUGCUUUGAGUUAACAUAAGCAUUCUUUUAUUCAUUUUAUUUCUAAGAGUAAGAGUAUAUUUUUUUGAAAUACGAGACAUAUGCUUUAAAUCUAAGAUAUAUCAGGAUAUAUUUCAUAACAAUGGAACUAUGUGUUCAAUUUGGCUCCAUAACUUUAGUAGGCAGAACGAGGACUGAAUGGAGAAGUUUUGAGUUGUUGUAUGUUAGUGAGUAUUUUCUGUGAUGAUUUGACAAAAAGACAUGAAGUCUUAUCUGUCGUCCUCCACUGUUGAUUAUGUGUGAAAGUUUUUAGAUACUUGUGGAACACAGAUCAGUACAAAAUCCAGGACCACUUAAGAAAUAGCAUUUCACUGAUAUCAAGGCAAAGUGUAUAAACCAUGUUGUUUAGUUGGACAUGAAAUCUCGCUUUUUAUCAAAUAAAAGAAAAUCAUAGAUGACGCAUGCACACCAAUGCAACGUAAGGAAAUGUCCUAAAUCAGAAACAUAUCAUGCCAUAAUGUAGGGUCAGUAUAGGGUUUUUCUCUGGUAUGUUUGUCUAACUGUGUCACAUUAUUUUAUUUUACCACUUGUACAUGCCCAAUGCAAAUUUCCCUUUUCAGUUUAACUUAAAUCAGUAAUUACCUCUAUAUUCUACUCUAUAAAAUUGUUAAUUGUAAAAAGCAAGUACAUUACAUUGUUAGUGCAAAGCUUGAAAAAGUAAUGAUAUUGCAAAGUCACGAUGUUAACUUGAUAGAUUGUUAAUUGUAAAAAGCAAGUACAUGUUGUUAGUGCAAAGCUUGGAAAAGUAAUGAUAUUGCAAAGUCACAAUGUUAACUUGAUAGGCUGCGAAUAGUGAUACUUAUAGAUUCAGCUUGGUAAAGGCUUCUUAGGGGCAUUAUAAUUACUUUGUGAUUUGUAAGAUACUUUAUAUUGACCUUAUAGUUAUUUGGGUUUUUUCGCCAUAUACAUGCAUGUUUAAAGGGAUCUGCCUUCAUGUAAUCUUUUUCCUUCACGAAGUUACAAUGUAGUUAAUUGUGAGAAGUAAAAACCAAGUGAUUCAGUGAUCCAAGAUAUUUAUUUGUAAAAGCACUUGCUUAGUCUGUUAAGUAUGUAGAAGAGUUGAUUACAAACAAGAUUGUAAUAGGCUGUUUGCCAGGUGAAAUUGGUGGCAUGCCCCUUUAAAACAUGCUUUUAAACCAUGUGUGCCACUUGAAACUGAUGGCAUGCCCCUUUAAGGUAUGCUUGUAAACCACUGUGUGCCAGGUGAAACUGGUAACAUGCCUCUUUAAGAUAUGCUUGUAAUGCACAGUGCCAGGUGAAACUGGUGGCAUGCCCCUUUAAAACAUGCUUGUAAACCACUGUUUGCCACUUGAAACUGAUGGCAUGCCCCUUUAAGAUAUGCUUGUAAACCACUGUUUGCCAGGUGAAACUGGUGACAUGCCCCUUUAAAAUAUGCCUGUAAUGCAAUGUUUGCCAGGUGAAACUGGUGACAUGCCUCUUUAAAAUAUGCUUGUAAUGCACAGUGCCAGGUGAAACUUCAGGCAUACCCGUGUAUUACACUGAUGCAACAGACCACCUUCAUAGAGACCACCUAAAACCAUUUAUUAAGAGUUGGUGCAGUUGUCUGUGCAGUAUUUGGCUGAUUUGAAACAUUAUAUAAAAUUUUCUUACAAUAUUACAAUAUUUUUCUCUGCAUUGGUUAGAAUUCAUUCAAACUUAGUAUGAAAGAGUACUUUGGAAAACUUAGGCUUGAAGUUAAUAAAAAGUUUUGACAGUGUCGCCAAAUAUCAAAAAGUUGAUAAUGUUGUUCUUUGUACCCAGACCUGGUUAACCUCUUGAAUUAUUCAUAAAUUUUAUAGAAAAUGAUGAGUAUAACCUCUCUGAUAUAUUUGAUAAAUGUUGUUCUGACUGAGGUUUCAAGAUGUUUCGAGAAAAAUAGUCAUUGAAAAAGUGAAAAUGCUUUUUAUGUUUUAGAUGUUCUGUACGAGCUAUUUUUGUUUUAAACUGCUAGAAAGAUUUGUUUUGUGUCAAGCCCGCUUGCAGAAGCGAAGACAUAAGUGUGCAAACCUCAGGUUCCUACCUCAAAAGUCAAGGUCACAGUAAGGGGUCAAAGGUCUUGGUACUAUGCUUCUGGUUUUAUUUCAGGAAAACUUAAUAAAGUGAAAAAUUCGAAGACUAAUUGUACAAAGGUAUCUGGUACUGAAAUGUUCAGUAAAUAAAGUCUGUUUAAAAACAUCUCCCUUGUUUCCUGUUAGAUGAAAUGAUGGAUGUGUGAAGACAUGAACUUGUGCAAAAAAGCAAUCUUUUUUUAUUUUUUGUUACUAUGAGACCAGGUAUUUAUUUAAAGUAUUUAUAUAGUACUAUUUUAUUUUUGCAAGUAUGAAAAGCAUAAAUUUAAAGUGUGAUAUUGUAUAUUGUAUGUGUCAUAUGUACAGUUGUUACAAAAUUGUCAAGUCACAAAAUUGUAUUUGUGAAGAUUAGUCAGCAAUGGAAAUAGAAUGACUAUUUAUUUUCACAGAAGUUGAGUAUGGGAAAGAGUUUGCAGAGGUUAUACAAUUAACCACUGAAAGUUCACAGUAAACUAAACAAAUAUUUUGGAUGCAUGUUAUAACUAUUCAUCCUGCUGAACACAGAUUUGUUACUUGUAUUUUAAAUUAGAUAUGUAGAAUUGUUUAAUGCAAGGAAGCUGUCCAGCUAGCAUGGGGAUAAGGUUGGUAGCUCUACCCAGUUGCUCUCCGAUGUAUGACAUAUACUCCAAAGGGCCACCUUGGGUCUUUCUCAUGAGUAAAAGCUGGAAGUAUGUAGUAUAUUGUGUUGGUGUGACCUAAAACUGGAUGUACCGUAGUAGAAGUUCAGAGACGGUCUUGGUGGUUGUAGCUUCCAUACAUCUUUAUAACAAAUCUGUGUCAGAAACAAGAACUGUUUAAUUUUCUUACCCUUGAAUCCUUACCAUGCUAAAUUUCUAUAAUGAACUUGUCCGUCUUUCAAUUUGGACAGUACCAUUAACAGUUAAAAGGGGUGCUUACCAGAAUGUUACUGACUGAAAAGCAACAGUGCAAAUCAUGAUCAGACAGCACGGAUGUGCAGACUGAUCAUGAUCUACACUGGUCGCAAAGGCAAAAUCAGUUGUGCCCAGCAUGAUGAGGGUUAUAUUUUCAGACCCACUGGAAUGUAUGAUUUACAUAUUGUAUACACAUUUUCUUAUUUCAUAAUCUUGCAUAUUGUAAACAUAUUUAUGUGUCAACAUACAAAUGUAUGUGUUAUAUAUUCUUGCAUGUAAUUUAUUUGGAACUUGUGUAAGAAGUGUUACAUCAUGUAGAUAAGUUUACAAAUAAACUGGAAAUUAUAGAACUGUGUGCUUGUUACAUGAAUAUGACAUCCUGUAGAUAAACACAUGGGUGAACUGGAAAUAUAGAGCUCCGUGUUUGUUGUAUCCCUUAGACAUCUUUUAUAUAAACACAUUGUUAAACUGAACAUACAGAACUGUAUGUUUGUUGUUUCAUUUUGACAUACAGGCAGAUAACUAAAUAUUAUAGGACUCUGUGUUUAGUGUAUCAUUUUGACAUCAUACAGGUGGAUAACUGGAAAUUGUAGAACUCUGUGUUAGUUGUAUCACUGUGACAUUGUGUAUUAUUACUAGAUCUCAGCUAAUGUAUUUAACUACAUAUAAAAUCUGUAAAAGUUGUUUAUUUUAAGAGUAAAAUUUGCUUGUUUAUCAUUGUUUUUGUUGAUUUGACUGGAGUUCUUAUUAUGUAUGAAAAUGUAGUAAAUUAUUAAAGGGGUAUGGAUCCAGACUUUGAGGUUAUCUAAAACCAAGUCUGGUGACCAGUCUUAGAUUACUGCCUUAUCAUUGGUCAGUUUAAAAUUGUUCUCAGAUACACCCAAACAAAUUCAGAGAUUGGAACCGAGAUGUUCAUCACAAUUUUUUUUUUUCUAAACAGAUAAAACUGUCUAUAAAGAGUUAGAAAUAAAAAAAAAUCAACAAAGUUAAAAUUGAAGUUUUAGAACUUUUUGGUAUUCAAAAUGGCUGAAAUUUACACUGAAAGUACUUUAUCAAAAUUGUGUUUUUUUUUUUUUUUUUUUUGGAUGUGUAUUCAAAACUAGUCUAGAAAUUUGGAAAAUUGGAAAAGUUUCUGCUGUCAUCCAUGGAGUUCUUUACAAUGUUGCAUGAUAUGAAUGGUAUUAUGUUGAUAUUUUAAAAGAAAAUAGGACAAAAUAAACAUUGUUAUGGAUAAGGUUGAUCAAACAGCAGAAUUUUUACUUUUAUUUACAAGUGCUAACAAAUGGUAGUACUUCUUGUUACAAAAAUACUCAUAUAGACCUAGAGACAUGUCCCUUUAAAGAAAUGUACAACAAGCUUUUGUUGCAUAAAAUAAAACGGGAACAGUUUAGGUUCAAAAUGAAACUAAAUGGUGAAUGGGUGAAAAUGCACUGAAUGGCUAAAAAAAAAGUGUUGUAUGCAAGGAAUUAAGGAAAACGGGAAAAUUUGAGGGUGUACAUGUUUUAAAAUGUUUCUGAAUUAUACCUCAGUUGUCAUGCCAAAAAAAUGUAGUAUUGAUGGGGUAGUCUUCAUAUAUUACAUAUUUAAUCUGGAAAUGAAAAAUAACAUAUUCAUGGAAAAAUGAAAAAUUGUAUAAUUUCUCUGUGAGAUAUAUUCCAUAUUCACUCAAAAUAAACAAAUAUCCUCCAUUUAAAUCAUAUGUAUGAAUUCUCCAUUAAAUUUUAAUUUUUUUUUUUCUUUCUGACAUUAUUUAACUUCCAAUUUACUUUGUUUAUCUUGAAAAAGACAUAGCUCUGAAAAGUCUAGAAAAUAAGCUGUAAAAUUAUUGUUAAUAUUGAUGUGUUGUCAUUGAUUCUUCUUAUAAAGUGGACGGUUUGUGGUAUGUUUGAUAGAAUUAGAUAUUUUAAGGCAUAUGGUUUGAGUAUAAGUAUGUAAUUCUUAUUGUAAAAGUUCCCACAUUUGAACAUAAUGGUUUAUAUACAAUUGUCUAAUAUUUGUUAAAACCUUGACAUAGUUGAUAGGUCUGGAAAUGUUUUGGAUUAUUUUAGAACUAAAAUGAGCCGUGCCAUGGGAAAACCAACAUAGUGGCUUUGCGACCAGCAUGGAUCCAGACCAGCCUGCGCAUCAUCCAUGCUGUUCGCUUUUAAAGCCUAUUGAAAUUGGGGAAACUGUUAGCGAACAGCAUGGAUCCUGACCAGACUGCGCAGAUGCGCAGGCUGGUCUGGAUCCUUGCUGGUCGCAAAGCCACUAUGUUGGUUUUCCCAUGGCACGGCUCAUUAAUGUUUAUAGAGCUGUUAAAGGCUUUAAUACAAAUGAUUUGUUACUGAUAAGCCAAGUGAUCUUAGAUAUUGUUGAGGACUCUGGAAGUUUUAAAAUUAUAUUGUUAUUGUGUGUUUGAUUUAAAAGCUUGAAAUAACUUUAAUUUAUUAAAAAUUUCAAUAGAAAAAAAAUGUUUGUGUAAAUCUUUUGGUCAUGUAUUUGGAAACAAUUCUUUUAUCAGUUUAGGGCCUUAUUUAUUUUACAUAUCUCAGAAAUCCUGCUGUUCUUUAUUUUGUUAGGCAACAAAAAACUUUAAACUUGUAAAUUACCCUUUGAAAUUUUAAACAUGAUGAUUAAUAGUAUUGAAAUUCAAGUAUUUCAAUUUUACCAUGUUUUGUUUACAAAGGCUAUGAGGCAAACUGGAAUUUCGGAAAUUUUAACAUUGUUUGAAUGAUAUAUACAUCAUUAUAUGUGAUAUACAUUUGUUCCAUGUACAAGACUUUAAAUUUGUUUGAAUAUAGAUACAAACAUCCUAGUCACAAUAAAGGUUUCAGAAAAAAUGCUUUUCAAUAUGAUCUAAUGUAAUGGAUCACGGUUUGCACAGACCUUUCAAGGUUAUUUAAGUUGUUGAAAACUCCUUCAAAUUGACUAAAACCCUAAAAAUGUUUCUUUAAAAGAAAAUAGUUAAAUUUCACUUGAAAUUCAUUGGAAUACUAGUUGCCGUCCCUACACGAUUUAUAUCAUAAUUUCAUAAUAAUAAUAAUAAAGUCAUAAUUUAACAUGUAAACAUGUAUGUUGUACUGUUGCGUAAUAAAUGUGAUAAUACCUCAGGGUGUCAUAAAGUUCUACAAUACGCCUCAUUUAAAUAAUCAUAGCUUUACAUAUCACAGUUCUUUGUACACAUUUCAUCCAUUUUGUAAAAAAAAAAUAUAUAUGAAAUUGCUGUCACAGUUUUAAUGUGUUCUUAAUCAUGUUGCCAUUUUUCACAUUGAAUGUAAACUUUUUAAGUCACAGUUGUAGCAUAACUAAUUAUUAUUUAAAAGUUCUGUAGCUUUGAGUCCAUACAUAUUGCAGUAUGAUAAAAUACAGUCGGAUAUAUGUACAAAGUUUGUCAUUUUAGUUAUAAAAAAUGGUCUUUGUUAACAGGUAUUCUUGCGUUACAGAUCACAUUAUGCCAUUUGUAGCGAAACUGGAAUGGUGACUAAGAGGGAGUUGUGACCUAGGUUAUAAAAUUGAAUCUUGAGACCAGUCUUUGAAUGCUGCCAGGCCAUUGGUCAGUUUUAUGCUUUAGCUCUUAAUUAACCAAUGAAAUGACAGAUAUUUGAGACUGGUCUCCAAACUCAUUUUUAUAACAUUGGUCCGGGGUUGACUGUAUUUAUGUGACACAAACCUGCUAAUUAUUAUGUCAUACUACAUUGAGCUUUUGACUAUAUACAAAUUACAUAACCAACCCUGUUUGUAUUUGCAUUGAAAUCAUUUUUAAAAGUGGGGUUGACAGGGGUCAGAAUUGUAGACCACUACCUUGAUCAGUUUAUUGGUGGUUGAGAGUCUCCUUAAAAAAAACAAUAUCAUAUUAAACUAUUGGGAAAAAAUGACCUUGGACAUCAUAAGGAAAUUCUCUGGUCCAUCAAUUCUUAACAAUUGAGAACUCCAUAUGAGUCAGCUAAUAGAAAGAUAAGUAGGUGUUAUGAAUAUAAUUCCAAUUGGACAGAACUUGUUCAUUAUUGUAUAAAGUGAAAACUUUACCAACAAGGUUUUAGUUCCAUUGAGAAGUGCAGGAAUAUUGUUAGGAGGAUACCUUGAAAUCCUUAAAAUUCAUGGAUAAACUUAUGAAGUUUUGGCUAAAACAGCUAUUACAAGGGGAUAAAAAUUCAUGGAUUUCAAUUUAGAAGAUGAUAUGAAUGGGACUUCCGAAAGUUCUAAGGGAUUUAAAUUCAUGGAUAAACACAGUCACUGAAAAGUGAAUAAAAAUAAGUCUCCCACAAGUAUCAAUGAUGUACUGUAACCUGAAAAGCAAAUGGAAAGGUGAUUGAUCCAAGGUCAUCUAUAAAUAGGGUUUGUGAUGUAAUGUACAGGUGUAUGGAUAUAUAAAUCAUUAUACAUUCAUUAAAACAUAGUUAUAGCAAUAAUUUUGAGACAUUAAAACAUUGGGAAGGCACAUGAAAUAAGUAUUUCAUAUAUGUUUAUAGGGUAAUUUUGUACUUUUUGUAUUCAGUUUGGUUAGAUGCUCAAACUUUUAUCAAGGGGACAGUUUUGCAAAACGCUGCUUUUCUGCCAGGCAUGUUUCUCUAGUCAUACUUUCAAUUUUCAGAUACAUUUUUCUCACUACAAAAUGGGUGAAACCAGUUAGACUAUCAUUGAAAAAACAUUUGUUUGUGUUAAUUCGACCUACCCGUGAAAUUCACUGUGACCCAACUUUUUUUUUUUUUCUGGCCAGUCAAGUGGAAUUUUUUUUCUCAUGAUUAUAUGCAAAAAAAUCCCUACCUACCUACCUACCUACCCACACAAAAAAGUUUGAGUCGCGUUACCGCAAACAAUUUUUUAAUUACAUCCAUAGUAACAGUAUAUAUAUAUAUAUAUAUAUAUAUAUAUAUAUAUAUAUAUAUAUUUUUUUUUUUUUUUUUUUUUUUUUUUUUUUUUUUUUAAAGCAGACAGAAAUUCACACCAGUUUUUCCAGUAAUACAGUGGUUUAUGAUGCCUUUACCUGCUAGAGAAACAUGCCAUCUGCUGAAAAAUUAUCAAGUUAUUCAGCCUUGUUUUCUGUACAAUAUGUUUCCAAAAGGCUUACUUGUUUCAGGUCAAGGAACAAUUCUGCAGAUUUCUGAAAUGUUACUAUUUUUUAUCACUGAUCUAUUAUCAGCCAAUGGCAAUUGUUAAUACCUGUGAAGUGGAAAAUAUUGUAUUUAUAUAAGUAACUUUAUUAAGUUAUGAAAGAAACAUGAAAACUUAUUAAUUGUUUCUAUGUGGACCUUAUGUAUUAUAAAUGAUGCUAGCUUA